AGCGAGAGGGCAGCCUGUUGUCCGACAGCGACUAAAACGCCACGUUUUUACUGCGACACUCGCUACGAAGCUCCAAAGAGGCGACGUUUUUCAGCCUCGUGGAGGAAUCUCCACAGCUCGCUUGUAACUAGGGAAACAUUAUAAUGGGAAAAGGAUCGAGUAAGCUCAGUGCCAGCGAGAUGAAGGAACUACAACAAUGCACUUAUUUUGACAAAAAAGAAUUGCAGCAAUGGCAUCGAGAUUUUAUGAAAGAUUGUCCGAGCGGAUCAUUGCGAAAAGAGGAAUUUCAGACAAUUUACCAGCAGUUUUUUCCAAAUGGAGACCCAUCCAAGUUUGCUAAUUUUGUAUUUAACGUUUUUGAUUCCGACAAGGAUGGUUAUAUUACAUUUAAAGAAUUUAUCUGUGCAUUAUCAGUUACAUCAAGGGGAACUCUGGAUGAAAAAUUAGACUGGGCUUUCAAUUUGUAUGAUUUAGACAACGAUGGUUUUAUAACGAGGCAGGAAAUGUUAGAUAUUGUUGAUGCUAUUUAUAAAAUGGUGGGUAACAUGCUGGAUCUUCCGAAGGAUGAGGAUACUCCUGAAAAACGAGUCAGUAAGAUCUUUUUACAAAUGGACACGAAUAAUGAUGGCAAACUUACUAAGGAAGAAUUCCGGGAAGGCUCCAAAUGUGAUCCAUGGAUCGUUCAGGCAUUGUCAUUAGAGAUUCCACAGUAGAUGCUAGAAAAAUAAUCGAUAGUGCUGGUAGGUGAGAGUUUGACAUGACUAAUAACUGGAUUGGUAGUGAUGGUAGGUUAUAGUUUGUCAUGACUAAUAACCGGAUUGGUAGUGAUGGUAGGUUGGCGUAACUUGUAUGUAAAUAUCUAGCAUGUUAACCAUGUAUUUCUAAACCCUUGUGCAAUAUCUAAAUUAGUGUAUAGUUAUUUGUUGCUAUACAUUCUGCUAUUAACACAUGUACGGG